AUGGCGGCCAAGGCGAUGUGGGAGGUCGACCCGGAGACCAGAAGCAAGCUUGCAGCGUUGGGCAAAAAGGAGGGCGCCGGCAACGACAAAUGUUGUGACUGCGGCGCCCCUUCACCGCAAUGGGCAUCCCCCAAGUUUUCCACCUUCAUCUGCCUCCAAUGCGCCGGCGUGCACCGAGGACUCGGAGUCCACGUCUCCUUUGUGCGGUCCAUAUCCAUGGAUGCGUUCAAGCAGGCCGAGAUACUCCGGAUGCAGUACGGCGGCAACAAGGCCUGGCAAGACUUCUACAACAAAAACAGCCCCUCACUGCCGUUUGAGGAGGCAACGAUCAAGGAGAGGUACGACUGCGAGGUCGGCGAGGAAUGGAAGGAAAGGUUGUCCUGCCAAGUGGAGGAGAGAGAGUUUGAUAAAGCUGCCUUCCAAAGGGAAAGACAGGCAAUACUACAGAAGCAGGCAAGCCGGUCGGCCACGCCGGCUGGAGGAGCAAGAAUCAACAAUACGGCUGUGUCAAAUAACAGCCGUCCAGGAAGUCGUACAGCGUCCCCAGCGCCCUCCAAGGCAGGAGGGCGCAUAACAGCCGACCAAAAGGCCCAGAAUGAAGCCUACUUCGCGCGCAUGGGCGAGGCGAAUUCCAGCAGACCAAACAACUUGCCGCCCAGUCAGGGCGGGAAGUACGGUGGCUUCGGCAGCGCGCCGCCGGAGCCCUCGCACCAGCAGGGUUCAUCAGGCGGGAUCCCGUUUGCGGAUGAUUUCUCCAAGGAUCCCAUGGCAGCCAUCACGAAAAGUUUUGGCUGGUUUGGCGGCAUGGUCAGCAAGCAGGCCAAGAUGGUGAAUGAUUCCUACAUUCAACCCACUGCACGAAAUAUCGCAUCCUCCGACUUCGCGGCCCAAGCUCAAAAAGCCGCCGCUGCCGCGGGACAGGGUAUCCAAUCCGGCGCACGAGGCGCCGCCGAAUCAUUCAACAAAUUCGUCGAAGGGCAGGACGAGAGGGCCGCUUCUUCCGCCUCCGCGGCCGGUUCUAAGCGGACGACAACAGAGCCGGAGAGGAAGGAUUUCUGGGACAGUUUCGGCCAGAGUGGAAGCGGAGGGAACAGCAACAGCAGCAUCGGGACGAGUGCGAUGAAGAAACCGGCGUCGUCCAGCGCGACGGCGAACCCGGCCCGGAAGACCAAGGAGGACGGCUGGGGUGAUGACUGGUAG